AUGAACAUUCUUCAACAUCAUACAAAAAUUCUUCCAGUUGAUACUAGUGCCAAAAUCCAGAAUUCUUUUAAUAAUAUUUGUAGAGCCAAUGAUUCGGUAUUAAAUAGGCUUAUUGAUAAGGAAAAUGAUAGUGUUGAAACUAUACCUGUUAGUAGUAGUUUAGUAUUAAAUAAUUUAGAAAUUAUUCGUUUGUUUUUACUUCAACAAGAAGAUUCAA